GUGCUACUUGUGCUUUGCGCCGCGGCGCAGCGCCAAGGUCCAAGAGUCCGCAGUUGCCGUCGUCCCCGCAGUCGUGAUUUUCCUCGUAUUGGCAUCCUGCGCCAGCUGUGUCGCUAAGAUUGGCCGUGUCUACCAAGAUGGCGGCAAGAGUUACGAAGGCGCUGCGGGCACUCAGGUCCAUCCAGCAGCAUCAUCGUGCACUGUCAACCGAGGCAGCUGCUGCUGCAUCCAAGGCAGGCCACUUGGGAUAUUGUUUUGAGCUGUCAGAGGAGCAGAAGGAAUAUCAGAACUUGGCACGCAAAUUUGCACGGGAGGAGAUUCUGCCUAAGGCGGCGCACUAUGAUCGUACUGGGGAGUUUCCCUGGGACAUCGUCAAGAAGGCCUUUGAAGUUGGAUUGAUGAACCUUUCCAUACCUGCAAAGUAUGGUGGCUCCGGUCUAAGCCUCUUCAGCCACUGUCUGGUGACAGAGGAGAUUGCGUACGGCUGCUCGGGCAUCAAAACCGUUCUUGAAGCAACAGACCUCGGGCAAACGCCAGUCAUCAUUGCUGGCAGUGAAGAGCAGAAGAAAAAGUACCUUGGUCGCCUCAUGGAGGAACCGCUGCUUGCAGCGUACUGCGUGACUGAGCCCAGUGCAGGUUCUGAUGUGGCCAGCAUUAAGACACGGGCUGAGAGAAAGGGCGACAAGUGGGUCAUCAAUGGGCAGAAGAUGUGGAUCACAAAUGGGGGUGUUGCCAACUGGUACUUUGUGCUUGCACGUUCCAACCCGGACCCCAAGUGUCCCGCCUCGAAGGCUUUCACAGCAUUCAUUGUGGAUCGUGACACUCCGGGAGUCACACCAGGUCGCAAGGAGUGGAACAUGGGCCAGAGGGCAUCCGACACUCGUGGAGUCACCUUUGAAGAUGUUGUCGUCCCCGAGGAGAAUGUGGUCAUGAAAGAAGGUGAUGGCUUCAAGGUGGCUAUGGGGACCUUUGACCGCACCAGGGCACCCGUUGCGGCUGGUGCAACAGGCGUAGCCCAGAGGUGCCUGGAUGAAGCGGCUAAGUACAGUUUGGAGCGCAAGACAUUUGGUCAGCCUAUCUGCAUGCAUCAAGCGGUACAGUUCAUGCUGGCCGAGAUGGCCAUGGGUGUGGAGGUGUCGCGCCUGGCCUGGAUGCGAGCGGCCUUUGAGUCGGACCAGGGUCGCCGCAGCAGUUACUAUGCGUCUAUCGCCAAGGCACUUGCUUCAGACGUCGCCAACAAGUGCGCUACGGAUGCCGUGCAAAUCUUUGGGGGCAACGGCUUCAACUCUGAAUACCCCGUUGAGAAGCUCAUGCGGGAUGCAAAAAUUUACCAGAUCUAUGAGGGGACGUCCCAGAUCCAGCGACUUAUCAUUGGCCGAGAGCUGCUGGGGAGGUACCAGUGAGCACGCACCAAGCCCUGUGAUACGACCUGGCUUAGCCCAUAUUGGAGAUAUACUCUGGGAGACGGGCUUCAUAUUCGAUUCCUUUAGGCCUGCCGCGGUCAAUAAUAGGACCUUGACCCCAGCACACUUGUUUCUGAUGAGCUGUGAGGAAUGUUCCAGUUUCCAGCAAAUUAUGUGUGUAUUGGUGGAACUCUUAAUAUUUUUAUUUCUCGCUGUAAAGCAAUAAAAAGGUCGUGCCUCA